GUCUCUCUCUCUCUCUCUUGAUCAGCGUCUCUUUACUAACUUCUAAAGUCGCGCUUACAGAGUUACACACGCAGUGUCAGUCUCUCUCUCUUUUUCUAUAAAUAAGCAAUAAAUCGAGAAGAAUACAAAAACACCUCCCGUUUCUAUCUCUCUGUUUCUCUAUUCUCUCUAAUCUCCAUCUGACUACUCACAGCUUCAUUUAUAUAUAUAUAUAUAUAUAUACACACAUAUAUAUAUACAUACACACACACACACACGUAUAUCUCAGAGUCACUCAACUGCGAAGUGGCUUUCUGGGAAAUGUAGCAUUCAGGAAAUGGCCACGUGUCGCAGAAACGACGUCGGAUCUCUGAUUCUCGACCGCCCCACCGCCACUCCGGCGACGUCCGGCGGCCACUUUCGGAAAUGGCCGGGGUUCUCCGGUGCCGCAUUCAGGAGGAAAAUCUUCGGCGCCGUCAGCUGCGGCGGGAGCUCUCGCUACCGCCACCACAACCGCGGCGAAGACUACGACGACGACAGAAACGCUCCGGUCGCCGCUCCGGCGGUCAAGGAGAAGGCGCCGGCGGAGAAGCCUAAAACAACGGCGGCGUCUAAGGCGAACGGGAAGUCGGAGAAGCUGAUGGAUCUUCUGAACCUGGCGGAGUGGUCGGAGAGCGAGGCGGAGGCGGCGGCGACGCGGAGGAAGGUGGAGGCGCUGGAGACGCUGAAGCGAGUGGUUAGGGAUUUGCAGGUGGAGGAGAGGGGAAAGAGGAGAGAGGCCGCGACGGAAGCGAGGUUGCUUGCGAAGGAAGAUUUGGAGGCGAGAUGGACUCUGGCCAUGCUCGGAGCCAUUCCUCCUCUCGUCGGAAUGCUCGAUUUUGAAGACCAUAAUUCUCAGAUCGCCGCCCUCUAUGCUUUGCUCAAUCUCGGGAUCGGCAAUGAUAUGAACAAAGGAGCCAUUGUUAAAGCAGGUGCUGUUCACAAAAUGCUAAUGCUCAUAGGGUCUCCAAAUUCUCUAAACCCAGCAGUUUCAGAAGCUAUAGUGGCAAAUUUUCUGGGCCUAAGCGCAUUGGACUCAAACAAACCAAUUAUUGGAUCCUCAGGUGCCAUACCUUUCUUGGUCAAAAUCCUCCAGAAUUCGGAAAACCCCAGUAGCUCACAAGCCAAGCAAGACGCCUUGAGAGCCCUGUACAAUCUCUCAAUCUGCCCAUCAAACAUUUCCUUUAUCAUGGAAACUGAUCUGAUCCCAUUUAUGUUGAACGCGUUGGGAGACAUGGAAGUAAGCGAGAGGAUCCUCUCGAUUCUGGGCAAUGUGGUUUCGACACCGGAAGGUCGAAAAUCGAUCAGUGCUGUGGCUGAUGCUUUCCCCAUUUUGGUUGAUGUGUUGAAUUGGAAUGACUCUCCUGGGUGCCAAGAGAAGGGAUCCUACAUUUUGAUGGUGAUGGCGCACAAGGCUUAUGGGGAUAGGCAGGCCAUGAUUGAAGCCGGGAUCGUCUCGGCAUUGCUUGAAUUGACGCUUUUGGGUAGUACAUUGGCGCAGAAGAGGGCUUCAAGGAUUUUGGAGUGUUUGAGAGUGGAUAAAGGGAAGCAGGUUUCACAGAGUUUUGGUGGGAAUUUGGGGGCUACUGUUUCUGCCCCUAUUUGCGGGUCUUCAUCAUCUUCAGUGAUGAAUCCAAAAAUGGGCACUACAGAAUGUUUGGAAGAGGACGAGGAUAUGAUGAGUGAGGAGAAGAAAGCAGUGAAGCAGCUAGUCCAACAGAGUUUGCAGAACAACAUGAGGAAGAUUGUCAAGAGGGCUAAUUUGCCGCAAGAUCUUGUUCCUUUUCACUUCAAGUCACUCACAGCAAGCUCCACUUCAAAGAGCUUGCCUUUUUAAGGAGUUGGACCUGCUGAGGAAGGAAGGUGUGAGAUUGAGGAGAGGAAUUCUGAAGUUAGUUUUCUUUUCAUGAUCUUAUUAUCAAGCUUCUGGUCUUUUCUAAUUUCUACCUUUUUUUGUUAGUGCAUAAAAUAGCUAUUGCUCGUCAAAAAGUCGAUAUAAAACUAUAGACUAUAGUGUUGUAUAAUUAUCCGAGUAGAAAAUUUCUCAUGUGGGCAAUUCCCAUUUAUGUUGCUUUUGGUGUUUGAAUGAGUGCAUACUCUCUCUCUCUAUCUUCCUUGCUUAUAAUGGGCGCCAGGCAUACAUUUUGGCUUGAAUAUGAAUUCUAUUCUCCCACAAGUAGAGCUCACCGAUAUUGGAAGCAUUACUUUCUUAAAAGUUCCAUUUGAU